AUGGGCGAGUCCCAUGGGGCGGUCUCUGUCGGCCAUCUCGUCAAUACCUUUCCAGACAAUCCACCGUUUCGCGCAGCAAUCGAAAUGUCGGGAAGCGCUGUCGCUCUUGCUGGUUCUAGUGAUCCAGGUGGGCAAAGCUCUGAACAGAUCUGGCCUCGGGUCAUGGCUGGCUUGAAUUGCACCAAUUCCGAAAAUGCCGAAGAAGAGCUCUCGUGCGCUCGCUCUGCCUCAGUCAACGAUAUCCUCACCUUCCUUAAUUCGAACGACAUCCGUGGCACCUUAGCCCGGCCCGACAAUGUGACAGCACUCGUUCGGCCUGACGUCGCCUGGUCUACACACAACGUAGCACAGGUCCCUCUCCUCAUCGGCUCCACGGCUGAUGAAGCAAGUUUCUGGGUCGUUUCCGCUGUUGCCGACCUUCAAGCGGCCACGUCUAAUACGAGCGGCUCCGAUGACAGUGUGCCAUCCAUUGCGACAUUCCUAGAGGCGGAGUUCAACUUGCCAUCUGCUGCAGCAGCCACGAUUCAAGAGCUCUAUGCGCCCGGGUCAUCAUACUACUCAGGCCCUAAUGACACGUUCUCAAUCUUGACAGCCAUUCUCACGGAUUAUACCUUCCGCUGCACGUCCUCCUUUGUCGCGAACCUCACAUCAUCGCUUCUCGAGCAGAAUGUGUGGCAGUACGAUUUCACUGCCAUUGCGCCCUCAACGACAUUCGCUGAGUAUCCUGGUCUAGGUGCUUGGCACUCGAGUGAGUUGGGAUUCGUGUUCGGAACAUACAACAGGAGCGGCAGGGCAAUGGAGGUUGAUGCAAGACUGAGUCGCUCUAUGCAGGACCAGUUUGGCAGCUUCGUCAGAGAUCCAUCGGGUGAUGGACCUGGCUGGGCACCCUUCCCAAUCGUGGCAGCACUGGGUGUUGACGAUGAAGGAGAGGCUACGACGACGGAGGUGGAUGGAACAGAUUAUGCGCCCGUGUGUCAACUGUUCAAUAGGCUGUACCUGCAGGACUUGCCGGCUUGGCAGCACUAG